GAUCUUGACCGCCCUUCGCCUGCCACCCUCAACUGGUUCGCCGGGCAGAUGCGCCGGCUGACCGGUGACGACAGCACCGACAUUCUCAACACGCUGUGGUCAAUCGAGACGCCUGCCCAGAUGCGGGAGAUUCUUGUGGCCGCCGUCGGGCAAGACGGCGCCCCGCUCGCCAAGCAGCUCAUCAAGCGUCGGACCAAGGACCGCAAGUCGAUCGUCUCGCUCGGCUCGGCGACGUCGGCCCGCAAGCAGCGCCGGUAAAGGAUGUUUAACGCAUG